AUGCUCUAUGCAAACUAUACGUACAAUUUGAUCACGCAGGCCAACACUAUCGACUUGUUCCAACAAAACAUGCUAGGCAUACCAGAGAAGAACGACUGGGGGGUGCACAUGUCUGGGCACUACACUAUAGGCGGCGAUCCUGGUGGUGACUUCUACAGCUCGCCCGGUGACCCUUUGUUCUGGUUCCACCACGGCAUGGUAGACAGAAUUUGGUGGAUCUGGCAAAUGCAAGACCCUGAGAAGCGGAUGAAUGUACUUCCAGAGACGCCAGCACAGGACGACUAUGUGGACCUCAACUGGACUGCGAACCGGACUAACACAUGGGACCUCUUAGACAGCAUCGGAGGUAUGGAUGGACAGUUCUGCUACAUCUAUGUAUGA